UUCCACUUGCAGUCAUGUCCACGCCGACCACGCCCAAAACGCCCACACCGCCCACACUGCCGCCGGGCGUGACGAAAGUCUGUCACAUCGUGAAGCGGCCGGAUUUCGAUGGCUAUGGCUUCAAUCUGCACUCGGAGAAGGUGAAGCCGGGCCAGUUCAUUGGCAAGGUGGACGAGAACUCGCCAGCCGAGGCAGCUGGCCUGAAGGAGGGCGAUCGCAUCCUGGAGGUGAACGGCGUCUCCAUUGGCAGCGAGACACACAAGCAGGUGGUGGCGCGCAUCAAGGCCAUUGCCAACGAGGUGCGACUGCUGCUGAUCGAUGUGGAUGGCAAGGCGAACGAAAUGCCACCGAAAUCAACAUCGCCGACGCCGGCAAGCAAUGGCGAUGCUACUAAUAAUAAUAAUUGCAGUCCGCCCAGCUAUGAGGGCACCAAGCAGGAGCUGCCCGGCGCCAGCGCCAACAUCAGCAGCAUCAGUGUGACCAGCAUGAAGCGCGUCUCSAAYGCGAGCAGCACUCAGAGCGGCAGCACAAUGAAUGCCAGCGACAUGGAUGUGGUUGACAGGGGUGUGCCUGUGGCGCCAGCGCCGGUUGUUGGCGUCGCCCCAGUCUCAGCGCAGAAUGGCAGCAAAUCGCCAAGCAACAACAACAACAACAACAGCAUCAGCAGCAGCAGCAACAACAACAACAACAGCAAAAUGAUGAGCACUCCACCGCCACCAUCAGCCACGGUGGCCAGCAUGAACAACAAUGGCAGCGUCUACAGCAGCAGCACCACCACCAGCACCACCACCAAUGGCACCACAAAUGUCAUGGGCAAUGGCAAUGGCAGUGCCAUGCCCACAACGCCAGCGACAGGCACGAAUCGUGCCGGCAGUUUGAAUUUGCCGCUGACCGUUGCCGAAAUGCGCGCCAAGCUGGCCUCCAGGAAGAAGUACGAUCCCAAGAACGAGAGCGUCGAUCUGAAAAAGAAAUUCGAAAUCAUACAGAAGCUCUGAGAUGCCCAGAAUCCAGACCAUAUCAUGCACCCAGCAUUCGAAACACCGUACUUGUUAUUAUUUUACACGAAGCGCACAAACGAUAAGGUUCGACUAUUAAAUGGCUGGCAGAUCCAUAUCAUAUAUAUAUACCAUAUAUAUGUAUAUAUAUUACA